GUGGGGAAGACGGAUAGAUGUAUGAAUGGAUGGUCGGAUGAAUGGGAUCUAACGAAACGCAUAGAUGGAAUUAUCCCAUCUGGACAGCGAACACCACAUCUCAACCCUCCCGGUUCUUCGAACAAGUGUGCUGGGAGGCCCUCAAAGAUAUGCAACGACGACUUUCUGGUAUUAAAGUCCAGGCUCUUUUUUGUGAACGGAGGCAGCUUCUUCUUUCUACCCUCGAACAAACAGUAUAUACUCUUUUGGUCAGCUCAUAAUCCUCAAUUCAGGUCAUAACUUCACAUCCAUCACAAAGUUGCCUCAACUGACCUGCGCGGCAAUCAAAUGCCUCAGAGCUUGGGCCAAACGAUGCGAGUCCGAGCGGAUGGCGAUGCGUAGUUUACCUCUGUACCUUCCCGUGCCCAGCUCAAUCCUGAGCAAACACAUGAAGUGCAGCGCAACGAUGGAUAAGCUUAUACUCGUACCGGGCGAGCACUAUUGACACGCCAAAUGCAGGUUUGACAUCCUCAGCUCCACUGUCACGCGAUGGAAGGACACCCGAAAGAACCUGAGCAGCAUCAGGUUUGUAUCAAAAUACGUUAACCCAUUCCCUGUGCCUCGUACUAGGUUGUCAGGAUUUGCAUCAAGCCCUGUGAGAAGCUCCAGUGCUCCUCCCUGAAUGGAGUUGAUAAUUGUCACUGCCGAGGACAAGAAGCAGCUGACAAGUUUCUUACUAGCUGAACGUUGCGCGCGAGAUGCAUCAGGGAGCCCCGAAGCCGAUACGCCAAAUUAACAAUGCAUAUCGCUGACGGGCACGAUUGGCAGUUGCGAUUCGGAAACACACAAUUAUGAUGCAUAACAUACCUUCGUGCAGAAUGAAACUCUCAUUUCGCCAAAGGGAAAAGAAAUCUCGAGUUGGGAACGCGCGCUUCUCCUGAACUUGUUAGAACGUCAUGUGGCUCAGUUCGUCAUGUGGCAAUAUUCUCUCUCUCUCUCUCUCUCUCUCUCUUCUUCCUCAUAGCGCGUCUUCUUACCAUGAAUUUCGAUACGACGAUUGGAAGCUUCAACUGCAGCGUCCGUGGGGUGUUGUCAGGUAGCCUGACAAGACCAACCAAACCAUUAGUCUGUGACGAAGCCUGCCUGUGAAGUUACUGACAGAAACUGGAUUUUUAUCAGCGGGCAGCCUUCAAAUGGACCUCGACAUUCCACCGUCACUUCCUGACCAUGCACGAAAUGUACUCGAAUCAAAUUGUUUGUGCGACCGCUUCCGCACCUGGCACGUUUGCUGCCUUGGAGCAAGUCGGCAUUCCACGGAUGAUGCCGUAAUCACAAGAGGCAUGUGUUCCGCAUCGUCGCCCCAGUCAGGGGGGGGCUGCACGCUCACGUGAAAGCUCUGAAGGACUCCGCGGGAUUUGUUGCCGUAGUAUACGCCCAUAUGUCCAUCCAAACCGGUGUAGCUGGCCUUGAUGCCAAUCUGCAAGCAGUCAGCCUCCAACUAGGACGAGUGGAUAUGCAGGGUUGUAUACCUGCAGUGUGUCGUCUUCAAAGAAGACAGCAUCAUCCACCAAGACUAAGUGACGGAACCUGUGGGCAAGGAUUCCCUUCAAUUGCAUUUAGUCCAAAGACAUAAGUGUAUAGACCUGUCAUGGUUGGCGAGUGCUUCUGGUGUGUUGUCGUCGGUAAGACCCAACAGAGGUGCGGGAAUGUCUCCUUCGCCGAUACUAUGCUGGGCAGAAAACAGCCACCGAUUCACCCGCCUACAGCUGCAGCAUCUGCAUUCAUCUAACCUGUAGAUGCCAUUCUGCAGUGUCACAGUGGAUGUCAACAGCCGGAUGAUCCGCACUUCCCAAAGACCUAUUGCACGCACAACGCAAACACGGCAACCCACGACAUCUUUGUCUUCAUCCAUUCGCCUCCGUGUAUACGUGAGGCCAUUUGGCAUCGGCGGCGUCGCUGCUGGAGGCAAAAAGUACUCGACAUGUGGAUUCGAACCUCCUUCCGCUGCUCUGACAGAGGGCAUUGCCGAUGGCCGUGCGCGGUCCACGUUGGUGUUCAGAUCGGUGGCAAGACUUCGAUGCGGCCUGGACAGGUUGUGGGACAGAGGGGGAAGUCGGCCAUCCUUGAAGCAGCCGACGAGAGACAGGUAACCAAGCAAUCGUGCAGUGCAGUCGUUUACUCUCCCACUGGAUUGCCGAAUAGAUGCUUCAAUUGACGAAGCUCCUGCAAAGCAGGUACAAUACACCUGAAAGAUUGUGAUUGCGUCUUUUUCGCACCUGUGUGGCUUCGACGUAGCGUUCAGUGAGCCGCACAGUAUCCGACUCCUGGUUGGCAAUCCUCUGCUCGGCAGCUGCAAAAGGUCAAACGGAGAGGUUACCUCUUCGUUUGUGAAACUGAGACGCGAACCAUCGAGCUUGUCUGAAAGCGUAGCCGCCCGGCUGCUCUCCCUCAGCCACAUCUCCUUUGCGUGGCUCACAGCAUUCUCACGAUCCCCAACUAUCUGCUCGUAACGUUUCACGUCUUCAGUCAACGCCUGAAUGGGGGUGAAAAUCUGAAGACGUACGGAUUUUGACGCACGCAGAUACCUGUGCUCUGCCUUUCACUUCAUCCAACUCCCUUUUCGUAAGGUUCAGUCCGGUCUCCGAUGCAUCCAGCCUCUUUUGAAGGGUUUCCACCUCCAGUCGCAUCUCGCGCCGCUGGUUGUCCAUCUCUAGUUGUACCUCACUGCGGACCUCUGACUGUACAUCGACCCGCCAAACAUAAUCCACACAUCGUUAAAUACCUUAUACAUACCCUCGACAGCCAGUUGUACCUCGAUUUUUGGCCUCAGUGCUGCCUCUGCGACCUCAAGCUGAGUCUCAAGUGACUGUGGAAUGCAUCAAAGAGAAUCCGAUAAUCGGUGCGUCAGAUAAUCCGAUAAUCGUACCUCUAUCCUCCUUCUCAGUGCCAGAUGGCUGUCCUGCUCCAUAACGCCACUUCGUCCUUGGGCUGCUGCUGGCGUGACGCCGAAAAAAGGCGCUGCAUCUUUGCCCCUCGAGGGGCCUCCGUCUCCUUGUGCAUCGGGCUCAUCUUGUGCGCCGAGAGGGGCUGCCAUCUGAGCAUUCGACGACUGUGAAGGGAGGGCGGCUGCAUCGUCAGCAAAUGAAGCCGUGAAGGGGUCUGAGGCAUCAACCUAAGAUAGGAAAAGCCCCACUGGCAGUAAAGUCCAUCCGCUGUUAUUUCAACCCCCUUGCCUUGCUCGGUGACUGUUCGAAUCCCCAUGAAGGUCCAGCGACUGGUGCGGCUGUCGUCUCAUCGCCACGAGACAGAAAAGUGUCCAUGCCAGCCGACACCGCGGCAGUACCAAUUGGAGGCGUUGUGGUCCUGAUUGAGUUCUCUGGCGCGGACGCAGCUGGCUGGAAGAAGUCGAAAUCGGCAAACGCAUCGAGCUGGGUCUUUGCUUUCGCGUCAACGGUAGAGCCGGUAGCGUCAGCAUUGAAUGAGGGGAAAGGUCCACCCGCUAUCUCAGUAGAGAGACAGGCAUCAACACAACAGUCAAGCUUCAGGGCUGGAUUCAAGUGAGCCUGUGCUCCCUCCAAGUAUACCUGUGCCCUCGUCUGGUGCUAACUCUCUUGCCUCUGCAAUCAUUUCCUUGUUUUUCUCCUCUGAUUUGCCGCUAUCGGAUAUCUUUCUCCUAUCGGCAGGUGAUGUACUUCUUUUCUUUCGGGGGACACUAAAGGAGGAGGCGGGCGGCGGGGCGACAUCGUUCAGAGUGGUACCUGGAGCUGAAGAGCUCGGAAAGACGCUGUCACCCUACGCCGACAGGGAAACAAUAUGGCACAUUUUCUCUGACACGAUUCCGUCUUUGCUGUCUACCCAGCUGUUCUUCGCAGCACUGGGCGACGGGGCCAAUACGCCGAAGGUUUCUGGAGUGGCCGGUUUGAUCUCCCCUGCUGUACCAUGGGCGCCAGAAUGCUGAGGGGAUGAGGCAACAGGAGCGGCCUCGAGCCUUGCAGGUGGGGGCGGUGGGGGAGGGGGAGAGGGGACAGGAGAAGCCUGCAUCUGUCUUUUCGUCCACUGGUCAUAGGCCACAAUGGCGGACGAGACACUCUCCAUCGUCUGAAAGACAACACAUUAAUUACCUGCUAUCUGUUGCAUGUGCCCUGACCUUAGAUAUUUGUUCGAAGUCCUCCGCGUGACCAGCGUCCAAUGCAGAAUUCGCAUCUUCCUGCAGCCGCUGCUGAUCACUACAGGCGGUGACCCCAUCAUGAAGAUCAUCGAUAAUGAUCGAGUCACGAACAAGGUGCCCACUAUUGUGAGUUACCUUCUGAGGGACUGCACUAUAUCGUCGAGCAUUGCCUUCAUCUCGGGCCCACUCGCGGAGACAAGAGUCUCUUGCACUAGCUCCGCUGACGACAUUGCAGCUGGCAGAGCGACAAAAGAGAAUAGCAGACGACUGAUGAAGAUCGCGGGUUCCAAAAUUCUGUUCCUACCCGACAGUCUUUGCUUCAGCAAUUCAUCAUUGGCUUUCUGAUCACCACGAGAGAGUGAGUCAGCCUGCGCAGAUAAACUUGCAAAUAUGAUCUCAUGACGUGAAGGGCAGCACGCUGAGGUUGAAACAUGUGUCUGCCGCACCUGCCUCUCAUGAGGUAUAGAAAUACCUGAAAAGGGCAGAUACCCUCGAUAUACUUCCGAAUUGUCGAUGUGCCUUUACCUUCAUUAAUGAGCGUCUCCCAAGCGGAGCGAAGGUGUUUGCCUCGUUCAGAUGUGCUGGCAGUAUUCAGCAUGCCCUACAUAGCGCAUGCGGCAGGUGGUCACAUUCAUGGUGUUAUGCUAUGCGUGUCUGUCUCUUUCAAUCGCCCACCCAGUGCUGGAUCGCUCUCCCAGCUGCAUCGAUGCACUGGCUGACCUCACUGUCUUGAGCAUUGCUUCCAAAGUAGGACGCCUUCUUUUUGGCCAUACCGCGCUCCUGGAAGUCGCCAAGCAUGACAAACAGAAGAUGAUCUUCAAGUCAAACCAGUACCUCGAACUUACGUUUUUCCGACGAGCAAUUUCAAGAAGACGCUUCAACAGCUUUGACUCAAUCAGACACUUCCCACAGUUCUCAUCCACGCUCACAAGCGUGUCAAUUAGCUGAUCAGGACACACAUGGCCACACGCGCAGCACUGAUUUGCCUGUCCGUGACAUCUCACCUCGACAGCGAGAAUCUUGGUCUUCGUUGGCUCAUUCUUGUCCUUGAUAAUAACAUGGAGUUGAUUGAUGGAAGCCCUCGCAGCAUCAGGACCGGCCUGUGCAACAAUAUUGACCUGCGGCGUCAUGCACAGGUAGUACAUGUGGCACAGCAUCAUGCACCGGCAGUGUGUAUCUCGGUGCAGUUCCCAUGACUCACCAAGGACUGAAGUUGUGCAUCUAGUGUCUGUCGGCUCUCUAGAGCGGCACGUACUUGCUGAGCAACCGACAUCUCUCCUCUCAACUGCUCACAACUCCCUUGGUCUCGUGAGCAGUUGAGUUGCUCGCGCGAACUUUCCUUGGUGUGACUUUGCCCUAACACAGACGCUUUUGCCCUAUUUGGCAACGAUGUAGAGACCGACAGAGGACUUGGCCGUCAGGCCGCCUAGGGUGCUUCCUGAAAAC